AUGGAGACUGAAAGACAGCUCAAUUUGCUGGGUAUAACGGAUGAAUUGUAUGAGCUGGUUUAUGAUUUACUCCAGGCAGCGGUGCCGUCGACAGAUUUGUACUUCGACGAUGGUCUCGACGGAUUUCCGGCUUUUGGUUUCCGACCUAGCUCCGAGGUUAAACAACCCUAUCGAUUAUAUCUCCCGGAAAAAUUGCCAGCUGAGUUCACUUUGAUGGCAAUUUUCAAGCCGACGUCUUCCAGGACGGGUUAUCUCUUCGCCGUUCUGAACCCCUUCGAGACGGUGGUGCAAUUAGGCAUUCGAAUAUCUGAUGGACCAGGCACCAAUCAGAAUGUGUCCUUGAUCUACACCAAUUCCGAUCUGCAUUCGCAUUCGGAAGAGGUUGCAAAGUUCACGGUGCCAAAGUUGUCGAAAAAAUGGUCCAAGAUUGUCAUCAAAGUCUCAACAACGGACGUCACUUUGUACCUGAAUUGCCACGAAAUGGCCAGGCAAAGAGUGAUCAGAAUUCCUCUGGAAUUGGUUUUCGACACGGCCAGCACGCUGUACAUCGCUCAAGCUGGUCCUCAUAUACAAGAGAAAUACGACGUGAGUACACAAGCAACUUUAUUACUCGUGAUUACAGUUGAAAUUGAUGUAAUCGUUGGAACGGCGCUGAAUUAG